AACACAGGAAAUACGAGGAAAAGGCACUACAGAGGGGUGAGACAAAGGCCAUGGGGGAAAUGGGCGGCCGAAAUACGGGACCCGAAGAAGGCGGCCAGGGUCUGGCUGGGUACUUUCGACACUGCCGAGGAUGCAGCUGCUGCAUAUGACAAGGCGGCUCUCAAGUUCAAAGGCACCAAAGCCAAGCUCAACUUCCCAGAACGAGUUCAAGGCCAAUCCUUCUCCACCUACGGUUCCAGCACCAGCGUCGUCUCGUCAACACCUCCGCGUCCACCUGCUGCAGCACUGCCGCCGCCGCCGCCGCCGCCUUCGACUCAGGUACCGCCACACGGCGGCUACCCUCACCUGCUUCAGUACGCCAACAUCCUCUCAAGCGACCGUGAAUCCGAUUUUCAGUACCACGCUUCAAACCUCUUCAUGAGUCAACAGCAGGAUCCGUUCGCUCAUCCCCACUCGUCUUCCACGUUUUAUCAUGUCCACGAUGAUGCUAAUCAGCAGCAGCAUGGUCAUGAUUAUGAUAUGACGAGAUAUCACUCGCCUUCACAUCGUGAUUAUCAUCACCAGCGAGGUCAUGAUGGACAUGGGAAUGAUUCCACCACGUCCGACCAAUAG